AGGCUGGGGUAGGAUUGCCAGUUAAUGGACCAUAAGAUCCGUUGCUGGUUUGACCUCGUCUAGCAGCCACUCCAGAAUUGCGACCACCAAAAGUUUCAUCCCGGCCGUAACCUCGAAGACCGGAUAUUGGAUGUCAUGCAGUAAAUUGAGUCGGAUGGGCCUGGAGGGCCUUUUGGCCUCCUCAAAACAUCCAAAUAACGAUAACGCAUGACUACAUUUCCAACUCACUGACAACCUGAUUCGAAUUGAGUGGAACAUCGGUCUUGUUGAAUGGACCAAUUCUUCGAUCUUUCGAAUUGGUCCCGUUUCAAAACGGCCAUGCAGGAACGGACAAGGAAAGACCAAGACGAGCUUAUGCGAAGAGCAGACCGAGAAGAAGAGAACGAAAAGAGAACGAGAAGAAAAGGGAAGGGAGCAAGGAAGAAGGGACGGAAGCAAAGGAGAGACGGACAGAGCGAGAAAGAGAAAGCGACGCUACUUGUGUUGUUCGGGUGGUCUUUUUGCCUUGGUUCUCUCUCGUCUUUUCUCUUGGUCCUGGUCUAUUGUGGAGGACAGAGCCAGACAGCAUCCAAGCCUUCAGAAGCAUUUCUCUUUGGACCCCCUCCCCCACUUACAUUCCCAACCCAAAGUGGUGACGGUGAAGAUGAAGACGAAGAAGCCGAGAUACACUUUGAAGACAAACGGAUUACCCUUAACAAAAGGAGAUCGAGGUCGAAGAAGUGGCGUUAAGUGAUUUUUUUUUUGGAAUCCAACAACUUUGUCUCCCGCUUUUGACGUCGUUUGUAUGACCUCUGGCUUGCCCACCCACCGGCUAACCAAGCAACAACCACUUGCUUAAGCAAAAGCCUGGGGGAUCAGCCUUUAAGAGGCUGCUUUCGAGGGUGCCAACUCCAUUGAGAAGACAACAUCUCACACUACUACUUCUCCUGCAAACAUCACCCAUCUAACCAGCCAAGCUGUGUGUGAGAUUCUUCAGGCAUUAAAGUCUUGUGAGCGAGCUGAAAGAAUUAGUGGUGAGGGUGACGGCGGCGAAGUCGAUUCUUUUGUUUCCAAAACAGCUUUCUUUGCCACUCAAAAGGUAAAAAGAGAUAUGACCAUCCACCACUAGCGCACCACGUACCCUACCUAGUACAUCUAUAUGUACCACCGCGGAUCAAUUAGUUGGCUGGAUUUGCCGAGACCUUUUCUUCCACCGACCUUGCUUGGCCUUUCCCUUCACAAGGGACCUUCUACGUAGCAUCCCCAGACUCUUUGAACGUGAACAGCUCCCACCUUCAGAACAAUAUGACAAAAGGACAACCACGGUCUUUUGAGAGCUUAAAGUGCGGCUGCCAUAACUAUAAAGCAAGUGGCUUGUCAUUGGCCCGAUCAGCCAAACUUGGAGAGAUCAAAUAGCUCUCAGGUGAAGGUGAGGAGGCCAAAGUCUUUCGAGUUAUGGCAACACAUUUAUGUGAGGAAAGACCCGAAACGCGAGGAUUGGAUGGUACUUGAUCCGUUGGGAGCGUCGGAUAUCCCAAGUGAAAAGACGCCUCUUUUCAAGACAAAUCCUUCACCUCGUCCCCAUCCACCAUUCAGCCUUGUUUCAAGUCGGGAACAAGUGAGCAAAGCCAUAAAUAGACGAGAAAAACUCCACCAUUAUUUGUUUCCCAUCCACUUGGCGAGGUGUUGGUGUUGUUUGGCGUGAGAUGUGCCCACUAAUGUCGAGCACAUACAAAAAUGCUGGCAGCUACCGGAUUAGCGCAGGGCUUUUCGAGAGUGUUUUGGGAACACCCGUGUUUGCUUUCGUUCCAUGAGCCACAAGGGCUCCACAUCAAAGAGAGACUCAUGUGCAGACCUUGACUCAUCGAAGUCAAGGGCUUUGUUUGCCGUGUGUGUGUCCCCAUCUUGGUUGUGACAAGGCCAAGGCCAGUAGCGAGCCUUUUUUGGCCUCAUUAAUGUCACCAAACACCACAUGGCUUCCUGUCAAUGGCAAAAUAGUAUAAGAUAUUCAAUCCUGUCAAUUGGCAUGAGCAGUGAAUAAGUGCCCCUUUUUGGUUGGCUAUCCAUUCACUAUCUCCCGAUUGUUCGUGACUCCGACUGUCUUUAUUUUUUAAUGUAGCAAGUCCCUUUCAUGGCUGAUGGACCACAAUCGCACAAGUGUUUUUCGAGUUUUGUAGCCCUCGUUCGUCAAAUGAAGCUUCGGCAAGAGUUGAAUCGAAGAAAAACGCCGAGGUUGCUCUAAUGAACCGAAACUGUCAACCGUCCCCUCUGCUCCAAGUUGUAAAAGUUCUAACGCUCUAAACGGCGAGGAGCAUGUGAAUGUGAGAGCAAUUCAUGGACACUUGGGAAUUACACAUUAACAAAGUGACACUUCGACACUCUAGCGGCAUCCAGGACUUGUCCCACAUUUGUUUAUUUGAAAAGUGUGUGUGCACUUUGGGGCCAAAGAGCAAUACGAAGAGGAAUCCAAACAGUAGAAGAAGUGCUCAGAAGUCUCGCUUUUAAGUCGCUUACUGUACGUACGUUUGUAUGUGUGUGUGUAUGUAUGCAUGUAGAUAGAGACGAGGCACCUCAUGAAUCGGGGCGAUCAUGAUGAUCCUCCUCCUCCUCCUCCUCCUCCUCCUCCUCAACAUCAUCCUCGUGUAUAGUGGUAUGGAGGAGUUGCAGAAGAACAAGAUCAGCUUCAUUUCAGUGUCAGUUCAACAAGAAGUCCAACUGGGCCUGGCUUUAUGAGGUACAACUACUUUUGGCUUGUGUUUUCGAAAAUUUCAAACAACUCCGUCCAGCCAAGCAUGUGCACCCUCGAGCCUUUGAUGAUUCAAUAGUGAGACCACCGUGUUGACACUGACAUUCGGCAAGCAUACACUGACACUAUUUUCAUCCUUGGUUCAGCCUAGGAUGUGGUGCUGUGGAAACCAGCAAGAAGAAUCCGAGCAAGAAGAACCCACAAUGGAGAGCCUUUCUAAUUCCGACCCUGGAUCCGAGCGACGAGCCAGCAAGAUGAUUGAGAAACAGAUCCGAAAGGACAAGAAGGCCUACCGCUCGACACAAAGGCUCCAGCUGGUGGGAUUGGACGGAUCGGGCAAGACCACGCUCAUACGACAGAUGAAACUUUUACACAAUAAUGAACUCAUGUCCGAUAGGAAGCAAGCCAAAGCUCGAGAUUUGAUUCGGACCAACAUUCAGAAGGCCGUGAUCCUCAUUCUGAAGAGUGCUCCUGGUGACCACUUGAACGAAACUCGCACCAAACUCUUGGCCUACGAAGACACCGACAAGGUGGAUGAGGCCUUCUACACUAUGGCCUCGGAGGUUUGGGCGGACUCCACUAUUAAGGAAUUCGUCAAGCACGUGGAAGUGCGGGGAGGCUACGAGGUGCUCAACAACAUUGAUUACUUCCUCGACCGCAUGGCUGCUAUCGCCAAGGCCGAUUACAUCCCCAGUCGCAUGGAUGUGCUCAAGUCAUACACGCCCACCACGGGCAUCUUCGAGACCCAGAUCCAGAUUGAGCAGACCGUGUUCUCAUUGCACGAGGUGAAUUGCGGUCAGACCGGCUCACGAUGGACGCAGUAUUCGCAGGACGUUACGGCCGUGAUUUUUGUGGCCGAUGCCAGUUCGUAUGAUGUCAUCAUCAAUCCGGCCAAGGGCCUGACCCUGCUCCAUGAGACCUUGAUCUACUUCCACAGCUUGUGGAACGAUCCCAAUCUGAAGCAGAAGUCGGUCAUUCUCUUUCUGAACAAGCAGGACUGUCUGGAGAAGAAAAUCAAGUCCAAACGAUCUCACCUCAGCUGGUUCUUCCCCGAGUUCUCCAAGUACAAGCUCCCUCCGAAUAUCGUGACCGAGCUGGACCAUCCGAAGAACGUGGAAUACUUUGGGGCCAAAUACUUCAUUCGUGAUUGCUUCCUCCAGAUCGCCCAGGAGGAUUGCAACAUGAGCCACCAGUGCUACUCGCAUUUUACCUCGGCCAUCGAUACGGACAAUAUCGGCAAAUUACUUACCAAUUGCUGUCGGGACAUUGUGCAAAGAGUGCAUUUGCGAAUGCAUGAAAUUCUGUGAUUUCAAGUGUAGUUUCCACGACCUUCGCCGCCACCACUCUCUCGUUCAGCUCUAUUGUUCCCACUCCUCACACUUCUUUCCUUUUCCCGUUUCCCGUUUCCCUUCUGCGAAACCUGUCUGUCCCCUUUCUUUUGGGGUCCCACUUGGGGUCCCACGUCCAAAAAGAAGAAAAUGAACGUGAACAUGAGGAAGAAGAGGAAGAAGAAGAGGAAGAAGAUGAUGAUGAUCCAUCGUUGAACCAGCAUAGCACUUAUCUCCUCCCUGUUGUACAUACUCUUGUGAUAUGAUAUGACAAAAUAAUAUGCCAUAAAUGAUCCCUCCCAAUCCAUUGUAAAAGUGUCCGUUUCAAGUGGUAAUUCCAAUCGAUAAAUAGAGACAUAUACCAACCUG